AUGGCGACACGAGAUCCUGAGAUAGAUGAAGGAGGUGGCAGCAGCCUCAAGAAACCCCUCCUUCACACCGGGAGUUGGUACCGCAUGGCCGGUAUGAGCUCCCGUCAGUCCAGCAUGUUAGGAUCAUCUGCUCAAAUCCUUCGUGAAUCCGUCUCCAUCUUCCUUUGCGUUUCCAUCAUCGCCUUAGGCCCUAUCCAGUUUGGAUUCACCUGUGGAUAUACAAAUCCUACACAAGCGGAUAUCAUAGCCGAUCUUAAACUUAAGAUUUCCGAGUUUUCAGUGUUUGGUUCAUUGGCAAAUGUUGGGGCUAUGGUUGGUGCAAUAGCUAGUGGUCAGAUUGCAGAGUACAUUGGACGAAAAGGGUCUUUGAUGAUUGCUGCUAUUCCUAAUAUACUUGGAUGGCUUGCUAUUUCAUUUGCCAGAGAUUACUCAUUCUUAUAUAUGGGAAGGCUAUUGGAAGGCUUUGGUGUUGGUGUGAUAUCAUACACGGUUCCUGUAUAUAUUGCCGAGAUCUCACCUCAAAACAUGAGAGGUAGUCUUGGAUCAGUGAACCAGCUCUCUGUCACUAUCGGUAUAUUGUUGGCAUACCUUUUGGGACUUUUUCUUCCAUGGAGAGGACUCGCAGUUGUUGGAACUUUGCCAUGCAUCUUUCUGAUACCUGGUCUAUUUUUCAUUCCUGAAUCUCCUCGUUGGUUGGCCAAGAUGGGGUUUAUGGAAGAUUGUGAAACCUCUCUACAAGUUUUACGAGGAUUUGAUACAGACAUCUCUCUCGAGUUAAAUGAGAUAAAGAGAUCUGUGUCUACAUCAGGCAAACGAGCUACAAUUCGAUUUUCUGAGCUUAAGAGAAGAAGAUACUGGUACCCUUUAAUGGUGGGAAUAGGCCUACUUCUUCUUCAGCAACUCAGUGGUAUAAAUGGUGUUCUAUUCUACUCUAGUAACAUCUUCAUUUCCGCUGGAAUUUCAUCCAACAAAGCCGCAACACUUGGACUUGGUGCGAUUCAGGUUAUUGCUACUGCUAUUACAACAUCACUGGUGGAUAAAAGUGGUCGCCGAGUUCUCAUGUUGUUGUCUUCAUUUCUAAUGAUUACAAGCAGUCUUCUUGUUUCAAUGAGUUUCUUCUUGAAGCUCUUUGUUUCAAAACAUUCAUCCCUUUACGGCUUCUUGGGGAUACUGUCACUCGUUGGGCUGGUGAUUAUGGUGACCGGAUUCUCUCUAGGACUUGGACCUAUUCCAUGGGUUAUAAUGUCCGAGAUACUUCCUGUAAAUAUUAAGAGUCUUGCUGGCAGUGUUGCGACAUUGUUUAAUUGGUUGGCAGCGUCAAUUGUUACAAUGACGGCUCCGCUACUCUUAGACUGGAGCAGUGGAGGAACCUUCAUCAUCUAUGCUGCCGUGUCUACUUUCACUCUAAUUUUUGUGAAAUUAUGGGUUCCUGAAACAAAAGGAAAAACUUUGGAAGAAAUACAAUGGUCCUUCAGAUGACAUUGCUAUGGAAUUCUUACAUGAUCUCUACAGGCAGGAAGCAAAUUAAAGAACUUUGCAAGGCACUAUUAUAAGACACAUGAUGGUUCAACACGCACCGGCCCUGCCUGCCUUCUUAACGCCUUCAACUGUUACCUCAUUUCAUAGUUUCGUGUGGUCAUAACAAAAGGAGCUGAGUUCAGUACAUUGUUGAAUAUUGCCUACAUAUAUUUGGAUUGUAAGAACAUGUUCUUCGUUCUGACGGUCUGACAAGUGAUUUUAUUUAUUUAUUUAUUUGC